GCAUGCCUCGGAGAGGGGACCCGCGACUGACAGCGAGGCCGAGGCCCGAGCCCUGCGAAGGGGCUCCUCCCGGACCGGCGGGUAGACGCUGCCCGCGCGUGCGUCACUUCCGCAGGGGCGGGACGGAGCUGUGGGGGUGGCGCCGCGGCCGCUGCUUCUCUGCCUGUGUUGGAAGCUCAGCUGAUGCGGGCCGGCCGGAGUGGACGUCCUCGCCGGGAAGAGGCGCGUCGCCACUGCCGCCCAAGUAGUUGCGGCCUGCAUCCCGGUAAGACCAUGAAUUAUGGCAUUUCUUAAAUGAAGCAUUCAGGAAUGAAGUGAAAAUCAUAACAUAUAGAAAAUAAAUGAUUUGUAAGUUAUGUCUAUUAAUUUGACUACAGAUAUAUAUUAUAUUUACCUCCUUAGUAAUGCAAGAAGUCUUUGUGGGAAGCAGAGAAGCAAGCAACUGCAUUUCUUGUGCUCACCUAAACAUUACUGGAGGAUAAGCCACGUCAGUCUACAAAGAGGUUUUCAUACAAGCAAAAUAAGAUGUAAAUGGACCAAAAGUGAAGCACAUUCUUGCAGCAAGCACUGUUCCUCUCCAAGCCACCAUGGUUUACACAUUGGGAUUUUGAAACUUAGCACUUCUGCCCCCAAGGGACUAACAAAAGUGAGCAUUCGUAUGUCCCGUAUUAAAAGUACUUUGAACUCUGUUUCAAAGGCUGUUUUUGGCACUCAGAAUGAAAUGAUCUCACGUUUAGCUCAAUUUAAGCCAAGUUCUCAAAUAUUAAGAAAAGUAUCGGAUGGUGGCUGGUUAAAACAGAAAAACAUUAAACAAGCCAUCAAAUCUCUGAAAAAGUAUAGCAACAAAUCAGAAGAUACUUCUUUUUCGGAAAAGGAAAGUCGUGUUCUAGAUGAAGAUCUAGGUAAACAAAGCCUGUUUCGUUACACGCGUAGUAUAACCACAAAAUUUGGAGAGUCGUUCUACUUUUUAUCAAGUCAUAUUAAUUCAUACUUCAAACGUGAGGAAAGAAUGCCUCAAAAAAAAGAAAGUAAACAUUUCCAGGACAAAUCGGAACUUGAAGAUACAAAGGUUGAAGAAGGGAAAUCUAGCUCUCCAGAUCCUGGCUCCCUGAGGGAUAAGCUAGAUUCAGAAUCUUCCUUAUGUUCUGAGGACAAGCCUGCAAGUCCCGGUGGCACACCCGAGGCACUUCCAGUUUCUACUAAACAAAGUAUUGCUAACUUUCUUUCUCGUCCCACUGAAGGUGUACAAGCUUUAGUAGGUGGUUAUAUUGGUGGACUUGUCCCCAAAUUGAAGUAUGAUUCGAAGAGUCAGCCAGAAGAACAGGAGGAGGCUGUUAAAGCCGAGCAACCUGUCAGCAAAGACAAAAAUGCAGAGGAGAAAAAGCGGUUAUCUCUUCAGCGAGAAAAGAUUAUUGCAAGAGUGAGUAUUGAUAACAGAACCCGGGCAUUAGUCCAAGCAUUGAGAAGAACAGCUGACCCAAAGCUCUGCAUUAACAGGGUUGAAGAACUGACUUUUCAUCUCCUAGAAUUUCCUGAGGGAAAAGGAGUGGCUGUCAAGGAAAAAAUUAUUCCAUAUUUAUUACGAUUGAGACAAAUUAAGGAUGAAACUCUUCAGGCUGCAGUUAGAGAAAUUUUGGCCUUAAUUGGCUACGUGGAUCCAGUGAAAGGAAGAGGAAUCCGAAUUCUUACAAUUGAUGGUGGAGGGACAAGGGGUGUGGUUGCUCUUCAGACACUGCGAAAAUUGGUUGAACUUACUCAGAAGCCAGUUCAUCAGCUCUUUGAUUACAUUUGUGGUGUGAGCACAGGUGCUAUAUUAGCAUUCAUGUUGGGAUUGUUUCAUAUGCCCUUGGAUGAAUGUGAAGAACUGUACCGAAAAUUAGGAUCCGAUGUGUUUUCACAAAAUGUCAUUGUUGGAACAGUCAAAAUGAGUUGGAGCCAUGCAUUUUAUGACAGUCAAACCUGGGAAAAUAUUCUUAAGGAUAGAAUGGGAUCCUCACUAAUGAUUGAAACAGCAAGAAACCCUACAUGUCCUAAGGUAGCUGCAGUAAGUACCAUAGUGAACAGAGGGAUAACGCCCAAGGCUUUUGUGUUCAGAAACUAUGGUCACUUCCCUGGCAUCAACUCUCACUACCUGGGAGGCUGUCAGUACAAAAUGUGGCAGGCCAUCAGAGCCUCGUCUGCUGCGCCCGGCUACUUUGCGGAGUACGCACUGGGAAACGAUCUUCACCAAGACGGAGGCUUGCUUCUGAAUAACCCCUCAGCGCUCGCCAUGCACGAGUGUAAAUGUCUUUGGCCGGACGUGCCCUUGGAGUGCAUCGUGUCUCUGGGCACCGGGCGGUACGAGAGUGAUGUGAGAAACUCUGUGACGUACACGAGCUUGAAAACCAAGCUGUCGAAUGUUAUCAACAGUGCUACGGAUACAGAAGAAGUCCAUGUGAUGCUUGAUGGUCUGUUACCUCCUGACACCUAUUUUAGAUUUAAUCCUGUGAUGUGUGAAAACAUACCUCUAGACGAAAGCCGAAAUGAAAAGCUCAAUCAGCUGCAGCUGGAAGGGUUGAAGUACAUCGAAAGAAACGAAGAAAAAAUGAAAAAACUUGCAAAAAUACUAAGUCAAGAAAAAACAACUCUGCAGAAAAUUAACGAUUGGAUAAAACUAAAAACUGACAUGUACGAAGGCCUUCCAUUUUUUUCAAAAUUGUGAGAAGUGUGUGUGUGUCCAUCUCCCUAAGUGAGGGCCUGUUCAGAAGAUGCAGUGAAUUCAGUAAGGAAUUGGGGGCUUCGGCCCGAGUUUGCUUUGAGAUGCUGGAGAAUUCCUGAAGAAAGACGUGCUCGGACCGGCUUGUGCAGCACAGAGGGUGUGCUUGGUUACAGAAUUCAUAUGGGAUUCGGUUUUUAUGAUGUUCAUAAUUAACAGUGCUUUAGGAAUCUUUCUGUGCUAGUUGGUUUUAGUAGCUCUUGGUGUUAUAUUGUUUGAUAUUUGAAAAUUUAUUAAUAUAUGUGCCAACCAAGAGCUGUGACACCACUACACGUGAUGUUUUUGCUUUAGUCACCAUAAUCAUGUUGAAUUUGUUUGAUGACUGGUUUUCUGUUAGUGGAAAAGCCAAUUUCUUAAAUUUCCAUCACUGAUGUUUUGACCAGCUGCAUUCUAGGAUCCAAAUGUUGCCUUUGACUGUAAUGACAUCAAAACAGGUGCAGAAACGUGGAAUUUUCUCUAUCAGAGGACUUUCCCAUUUGAAAUAUGAAAGAACCAGAUACACAGUUCUAUUCAAAAUUUGUUUCUUUCAACACUGUUUGGCUCAUAAAGAGAGGAGAAGUUCCAAUCAACCACUUUUCCACCUGAAAUUUAAAGAUAGUGCUGGGCGUUAACUUUUCUAGCUCUAGCUUAUCCAUUCACUGUUAUAAAAUUAACUAUUUGAAUUUACUGAGAAAAUAUCCCUAUCUUAACAAAAAUAAACUAUUGAAAUAAUGUAUUGUUGAAAGGCUAAUGUCAUUUGUAAAGUUUUUAUUGUUCGUAACGUAGCUUCUUCCCACCUUUUGUAAGCAUUUGAAUAUACCUGUCCAGUGUGCUUAAAAAAUUAUGUUUUGUUUUACCUGAUUAACUCCUUUAACCAUCGGAUUUCACGGAGGUUAUAGGUGUACCGAUCCGAAUCAUUGUUUAUGCCAACCAAAUUCAUCUUUGCUUUGUUGUCUCUCCAUCUGCCAUGUAAAGCCUUCCAUCAUGUUUAGAUUUGUCCAGAAAAAUGUAAAAAGGUAAAUGCCUUUUGCUUUGUGUACACAUCAACUAAAGCUAAACCCCAUUGCGUGGA